GAGAUCUUAUUCUUAAUGCUGUUUAUCUGUGUAUUCUGUGAUUGAUGAAAAUUUUGGUUAAUGCUCAGAUCAGAAAAAGUAAUGGGUGGUGAGCAAAGAAACAUGGCUUUGGACAAAAGAGGGGACCGGAAUAGAAAUGUUUAUGGUGACGGCGGCGGCAAUAUGUUUGUGUCAGUGAGAGGAGGCAGCAACCGGGGCUCCUUCAGAGGGAGAGACAAUGACAGUUACAGUCUGAGGGGAGGGCCAGGACACUCUCGUCUACCUGAGGGUCACUGGCGAGCACGUGGCAGCAGCAGCUUCAGAGGCAGCGGUCCGCUCAGCCGACGCCCUCCACCACCUCGCUAUGACGACCUCCUCACAGACGACGGCAGGGACGACAACAGACAGAAGAACAGGAGGAUGGAGAUGUACCGCGGGGGCAGGGGUGGCAGCCGGCACUUCCGUAGAGGUGCGACGAUCUACAAGCUCGACCGACGCCCCAACCAACAGCAACCUGCCUCAGGCUGGCAUAAAUUCACGGUUCACGACUGCGGCGAGCACGACCCUGCAUCCGUGAUGGCCGAACUCAACGCUCUGGUUGGGCAGAACUUUGACUAUCAUUUGUUGGCGACUGAAGGCAACAACGUAACCUUCUUCCUGGAAGAUAAUCCCUCUCUGAAUAAAAGCUUACUUGAUCUGUCACGUCGCAUGGUCAUGCCAGGCUGCAACCAGCGUCUGCGCAUCUCUAACUUCCCAUCUGGCAACCCUCCCUUCCCUCCUGCCACUGAAGAAAAUCUGGAAAAAGUGCGAUUGCUGAUGUCGGAGCGGUACAGCGCCCCCCUCAAGCGACUUGACCUCACAGAAUUCCACAAAGAUGAGAGACUACGGAGCGCCGGACUGCUGUUCCCUCUCUAUGUGCCGUCGAACUUGUCUGCGGUGGGACGCCUGACUGCAGCCAACAUCCCUGACGUGACCGAGAUCGACCUCAGCCGCAACAAAAUAUACCGACUUGAGGCUGUUGCUGAGCACCUCAAGGCUUGUGCCGGCCUCACCAGACUUUAUCUCUCCAAUAAUAAACUUGCGUCAGUGUCGUCGCUGCAGAAGUUGCGUGGCCUGCCCAUCACAGAGCUCAGCCUCGAGGGCAACCCUGCAUGCACGCGCUACAAGAACACCGAGUCCUACAUCAGUGCCGUGCGGGAAUUCUUUCCGAAACUCCUUGUGCUGGACGGCAAGGAGCUGCCGCGGCCCAUCGGCUUCGAGGUGGACGAGAGUGACGUGGUGACGCCGCCCUGCCUGCCCUCCUUCUUCUGUGACGAGCGCAUCAAGGGCGUCAUGCUGCUCUUUCUCAAGCAGUACUAUGAGGUUUAUGACAGCGCUGACCGGAGCGCUCUUGAGUUGGCUUAUUGCGAGGACGUCGUAUUCUCUAUGACGUCACUCCUUCCUGAAGCGGGCAACCGAGCUGUGGUCGAGGACAACUUGCUUAUCCCGAACCGCAACCUGCGCCUGUGUACUGACAGCGAUCGUAGGAUGGACUUGUUGUAUCGCAAUCGUGCUGACGUCAUGAAGUUAUUGAAGAAAACUCCUGCCACUCAGCACGACCUCAACUCCUUCGUCAUCGAUAUGCCCGUGGCCAAGCCCCAGCUCGUACAGCUGACGCUUACGGGAGUCUACAGACGCGAAGGCAUCAAGUCCAAGAACAUGAGCGUCCGCGCCUUCCAGCGGUCGCUGAUCAUCGUGCCUGUGGGCUCUGGCUACUGCAUUGCAAACGAGCAACUGCACGUCGCGCUCGCCACGUUCGACCAAAUCAAAGACGCAUUCAAGGUGACGCCAGGAGCUGAAGAAGCUGGCGUGUCGCCUGUUUCAGCGACGGUGGCUUUGUCAGAAGGUCUGGAGCCUCAGCAGCUGCAGAUGAUCGAAAAAUUCUCUUCCAUAUCAAACAUGUUGCCAGAGUUCUCCAAGCAAUGCUUGGAGCAGAACGCCUGGAACUUUGAAAAAGCGGGUAAUCUCUUUCUGCAAUUAAAAGGAGAAGGGAAAAUUCCACCCGAGUACUUCAAGCCUUAGCUUCAGUUUAUUCCGAUCGUGUUGUACAUAUUUAUUAGUUCCAUGCAUCAUUUUAGUUAAACAUGGCUUCGCAAGACUGUAAUAAAGUGGGCUUUUUCCAUACAAGAUAUAAGCAUCUUCGUUAUAUGCAGGGAGUCAAUGUCGUCACGAAGUAAUUAUUGGAAGAAUUUUUUAGUUGCUGUAUUUAAGAUUGUCAUGAUUUUGUUGUUAUUUACCUUACUGAAUGUAUGUACAUUUUGCCGCUUCUCAGUUUAGACACGCCUAAAACUCCUGUGGUUGAAACAUUACUAUUUUAUGACGUCAGCAGAAGCUCUGAAUCUUGAAAUUCAGCAAAUGAAGUCCAUUAAUAAUAAUUAAUUAUUUUAGUCUUGUGUAAAAUGUCUAAAAUAUAGCGUUGCUAAAUGGUC